UACCUCAGUAAUUUUAUGGUUUAUAGAUAUCACAAUAAACAUUAUCUAGAUGUCAUAUUAUAAGCUCCAUACAAUUUCAUAUUUUAGUCUGGAAAAAAAAUCAUGAUUUGCCCCAAAAGCAGACCUAAUUUAAGCAUUCUUCUUCAAGAAAUCAGUCUGUUCAUCAUAAUACGUCUAUAGUGCUGAUCUACUGUAACAGAUCUCUGUUACAGCGUCCAUCUUGUUUAAAAGUAAUGGCAGGCCUCAGGAAGUACAGAAGCCUCAUGUUUGCACUACUGCUUGCACAUCUUGAGUUUGACGUCCCAUGUGACUUCAACACUUCCUCCAAACGACACUUUCUCUCUAUCUCUUCUCAUACAGGUUCUGUACAGUAUUUUAUCUGAAACACGACCGAGAACCAGUGUCAUAGCGAUGCAAAAGCCGCCAGCACUGGUGCUUCCUGGAGCUGUUCAGCUGAGAAUCAAGAACUCUCAGAGCAGCACUGGAGAAAGACUCAGCCAGACCAAAUCUAUGGUCCUGCCAGAGGCCGAAACACUACAGAAACCCAUCAACCGUCACCGGAGGAAUCAGUCUCAGCAUAACAGUGAAGUUUCUGUUGGGUUGCAGCCUGUUUUAAAAGGGGAAUAUUUGAACAAAGCCAAAAUUGCUGAAGGAGGAAAGAAAUUACGGAAAAACUGGACUUUAACCUGGGUUGUUCUUAGCUCCAAUCAACUAUUGUUUUAUAAAGAGAGCAAACAAGAAGCUGUGUCAAAUUUGAAACCAGGUGGUAAACCAGAUGGUGUGGAUCUGAAUGGGGCUGUAAUUGAGUGGACGACAGAGAAAUCAAGCCGAAAGAAUGUGAUUCAGAUAACCACCCCGACUGGUCAUGAGUUUCUGUUACAGGCAGACCAUUUUCCAACCAUCUCUAAAUGGCAUGAUGCCAUCAAGAAAGCAGUGGACAUCCUGUCGAGUGGAUCUGGAGGCCAGAGCUGUGGUAGAGCGGCUCUACACCGGUCCAACAGCACAGAAUGCCUGUCCAGACCGACCUGUGAAAGCUCCAAACCCAAACCAAAAGAGACCAAAUCUGAACACAGACGCUCCAUAAUGUUCAAGCUGAAUUACAGCGCCUCAGACAGCGCCGACAAGAAUGGAGUAAAGAACAGACUGAAGAAGUUCAUCUCCAGACGGCCCUCUAUGAAAACGCUACAGGAGAAAGGCAUUAUUAAAGACCGAGUGUUUGGUUGUCACAUGCUGACCCUGUGCGACAGAGAAAAGACCACAGUGCCCAAAUUUGUCAAGCUGUGUGUGGAAGAAGUUGAAAAGCGAGGCCUGGAGGCCGAUGGGAUAUACAGAGUGAGCGGCAAUUUGGCUAUUAUCCAGAAACUACGCUUCCUAGUGGACCAAGAGGAGGAGCUUGACUUGGGCGACAGCCAAUGGGAGGACAUCCAUGUCAUCACCGGAGCGCUAAAGAUGUUUUUCCGUGAACUGCCAGAGCCCCUGUUUCCCUUUCGCUUUUUCGACUUGUUUGUGGAAACCAUUAAAAUUAAGGAGCCCACACAGAAGGUUCAAGCCAUGAAGAAACUGAUCCAUCAACUCCCCAAACCCAACCACAACACCAUGAAACUGCUCUUCCACCACCUGAGGAGAGUUUUGACGAAGUCACAAAAAAACCUAAUGUCAACGCAGGGCGUCAGCAUUGUGUUUGGACCGACCCUCAUGUGGCCCGAGUUUGAGUCAGGAAAUAUGGAGGUCAAUAUGGUGUAUCAGAAUCAAAUAGUGGAGUGCAUUCUCAUUGGCUGUGUGGAGAUCUUCGGGCCAGCAGACAAGUAAAGAUACCUCAGAGACUGCAAAGAGAUUGCUAUCACGAGUGGGUAAAAAAGAAGAGAAAAAAAAUGGUAUUUUUACAUUGUGCUUAAUUAUGGGUUGUUGUUGUUCUUAACCUCAGGUAAAGGAACAUUUCACACAUGUAGUUUAGAAGCAGGGCUUUUUACUUGGGGUUAUGUAACCCUGCAUGACUGUGUUAGCAUGUGAGCUGCAUGUACAUGCUUUAGACCAGGGGUGCCCAAACUCUGUCCUGGAGGGCCGGUGUCCUGCAAAGCUUAGUUCCAACCCCAAUUAAACACACCUGAACCAGCUAAUCAAGCUCAUUCUAGGUAUACUUAUAAUUUUCAGGCAGGUGUGUUGAAGGAAGUAGGAGCUAAACUAAGCAGGACACCGGCCGUCCAGGACUGAGUUUGGGCACCCCUGCUUUAGACAGUCACAAAAACACUGUAUGAUGUGUGUUUAAGCAUUUGAAUGGGGAAAAGUGAAAAUUAUAGGGUUUAUUCUUGCUUUACUUGUUAAAAAGUUACAUCAAGGAUCAACUUUAUAGAAUGUGUAUAUACACCAUAAGAGGAAGGUGUUCAACCCUAGUGUUUUAUAUGAACAGGUCACGUGCUGCAUACAUCUAGUUAAUGAUGCUGACACUGCAAGUCUGCAAAUACAGUAAUGUUUAGGUUCAGUGUAAAAUGACACAUUAUUCCAUACCCAGGAUUAGUUGUUAAGCCCGGGUAAAUGAUGUACAGUUUAAAACAUAAAGCAAAGUUUAGAAAAACCCAAGGUUUACUGUUUAAGUGUUAAAAGCUCUUUUGUAUGCCAGCUACAAUGUUACAUUUCUUGUUCAUUAUGUUUUUUUUUUACAUAUAAAAUAUUUGACAUGUCACAUUUAUAAUUGUAAAAAUAUUUUAGAUAUAUGUAUGUAUACAUUUAUAUGUAAUUAUAUUUUUGUAUAACGCACAGUGAAGCCAUUUUUUGUAAACCAUUUUGAGUUUUAUGUACUGAUAUUUUUCAGUGUAUAAUUUUAUUUCAAAAUAAAUAGGUAUUUUUUGUCAUCCUCA